AUGUGUAAUAGGAAGCACCACAGUUCGAUUUGUGAUAAGCUUUCAAACCAGCUGAUGCUAGCAAAAGGUGGAGGUCAAGUGGUGUACCUUGUAGUUGUGGUAGAAGUGGAUGGAAUUAGGUGUAAUGCUUUAUUGGACAUGGGAGCUGGGAGCUCUUAUACAUCAGCGGCACUUAUUGGCAAACUGAACAGCACAUCGAAGAGUGUACGAGAGAAUUGAAAAAAUAAUGACGUGGAUAAGACAGAAGAUAGAAAUGUACAAGAUCCAAUUCUCUAACAUAAAAGGAGUUUUUGGCUCGCCCACUACUCUGAGCAGAACCAACUGAAAGAAGGUAUUGUGGAGAGUGAGCGAUGAGACUCAAGAGGAGAGAGAAUGUCAUCUCCUACACAAAGCAGUCAUGAGAGAAGCGUCACAGAGUACAACAAUGCGUAUUGUCUUUGAUGCAGUAAAAAAGGCAAACCAAGGUGGCCCUUACUUGAAUGAUUGCUUAGAGACUGGGCCACCUCUAUAAAAUUUAAUUUCCUUUGGAGUGUGCUGGUUCGGAACCUUCUCGAACCAGUUGCCUUGUGUGGAGACAUUAUUAAGCAGGCCUUCUCUCAGGUACGGAUUAGAGAAGCAGAUCGUGAGACGUUAAGAUUUCAUUGGAUCAGCGGUAAAGACUCGUCACAAGUUGACACUUUGAGGUUCAUGCAGGCUCUAUUUGGACUUGUGCAGUCGCAGUUUCUUCUUACAGGGACCUUGAAACAACUAUUAGAAGCUUUAAGAAAUGACUAUUCAAAGCAAGUGGAGGAGAUCAUGAGAAGUCUUUACGCUGAUGAUAUCAUCACUGGGGAAGAUAUGCUAGAUCAAGGGUAGGACUUAAAAGGAACUGCAACAGAGGUUUUUAAAGGGGCAGGUUUCCAAUUAUAUAUAACUCUAAUGAACCACACUGGAAGCAGAUAAUCAGUUGACAGAAGAUAGCCAAACAUACGCCAAGGAACAGUUGGGGGUGAAAACCACUGCAUAAAAACUACACGGGCUUCCUUUGGAUAAGGUGGAGGACACUGGCUGUGACCUUUUCCGGUGAUUCACAAAAAAUCACAGAGAGAGAAGAGCAAAGGAGUUUAGCUUCAAUAUAUAACCGCCUUGGGGUAGGAAGUCCAUUAACAUUAUUAGGGAAAAUGUUUUACAGAGAAUCAUGUAACCGACACCUUCCUUGAGAUGCUGUUUUACCCAAGGAACUGAAAGCACAACGGGAGAAAUUUAAGGGAAAGUAGCCUGGUGAGCUUAAGUUCCUACGCAGUGUAACUAUGGCUCUAAAACUGGUCCAAGCUUUAGACCUGCAGGCAUUCUGUGAUUCUAGUGGGAAAGGGACAGCAGUAGCAGUGUACGCAGUCAUGUAUCAGGAAUCUGGUAUACACCAGAGUCUGUUAGCAGCAAACGCACGCUUAGCAAAGAAAGGACUUGCCAUGCCAAGGUUGGAGCUCAUUUCUGCUUACAUGGGAGCCAACAUUGUAGACAAUAUAACAAGCGCUUUUGAAGGAUGUGUAGUGAGGUCUGUGUUCUGUGUAUGGAUGGACAGAACGUACAGUAGUCUUGUAUUGGAUCGCUGAGGAAGGGAGCUAGAAACAAUCUGUGUCCAAUAGAGUCGCUCAAAUUAAUGCCACGGCCUAUGUUAAGGGGAGGUAUACGGGAACAGAGCAGAGGCACCCUGUCUAAAGACCAUCUUGAAAUCUGGCAUUAGGCAUCAAACUGGCUGUCUAAACCAGAAAAGUGGCCAGCGGUGGUGUAAACUAAGCCAAGUAAAGAGAGAGAAGCAGAGGCCAAGCUAGUAAAGGUAGUGUUUGCUGGAGCCACAGAGAUGAAGGACACCCAACACCAGAUUCUAGAGAAACAUGGAUUCUGGCAGACAAUACGUAUCACGUCAUGGGAAGCAAGAUUUAUCCACAACUGUAGAAAAGAAAUACAGGUUGUCUGGCCAUUGACCACAUGUGAGACUGACAAGCAAGUGAAAUUCUGGUUAGGAAGAGCUCAAAACAGCAGGUUAAAUACAGACACUUUCCAUGAAAAUCAGGUCAAACUUAAUUCGCAGAAGAAUGAAGAGGGUCAGCACGAGUGCCGGGGAAGAAUCCAGAGUAGGAGUGGGACUUACGAUGAGUUUUGUUCGUCAGUAAUAUUGGGUCCCUCGGCUAAGACAGCUCACAAAGAGAGUUAUCAGAGGAUGCUAUGCAUAUAUUUUGUUAUUUGCUUGCAGCUUUACCAGAGCUGUCCACUUUGAGUUGCAGCCAAACCAAACAGCUGAGGAGCUUAUCAAGCAUCUUAAACGGUUCAUCACGAGAAAAGGCCUCCCCAGGAAGAUUGAUUGGUAUAACGGGCAGACUUUUGUUGCGGCAGCAAAGUGGUUGAAUGGGGUGGUAAAACGUGUUCUCUUCAUCUGCUUUAUCCACAGUAAAAUGUCUCGGUGGAUCCAAGUUACGUCAAGUUUCACGUUUCCAAGAAGUCAAACUCAGUUAAGAUCAAUUCCAAGCACAAUUUGGUUCGCCUCACAAAAAAAUUCACGCUUUGGCCUGAGUCUAACGGCUCCUACCCAGGGUGCUGGAAGUUUUAUUGGAGUAAAAAAAUUGUCUUCCGCAUAGAGGUACGUACUCAUGAGGGGGUAGAACGAUUUAAUACCAGAACUUAUAAUAGGACCUUUGACUUGUGAGGACUUGUAGACUGAUAUUAGAAUGCUAAGAAUGUUUCUUCAUGUUUUUUUCAUUUUGUGAACUAGUCAGGCGCUCUGCAGGCUCAUCGAGGUCUGGGACCCAGGUUUAUGGAUAUUAUAGGAUGUUGUUUCAAGAAGUAUUAAAACAGUUCUGUUCUGGAUCGUAGAGAGCGUGAGUUUAUCAUCUAAAGAAACAGUUCCGACAAAGUGGCGACCCUGCCAGAACAAAAUCAUGACAACAACAGUGGCAACCAUUAAAAAUCAAGAGAAAAGAAUCCAAAACAAAAUGAACGUACUGCAGCUGACGGACAAAAACACAAACAAGAUUGCUGGAAGCAAUUUGCUGAAACCAAUUCGAAGACUUCGCAAGGUUUUUGAAGAGCAAACUUGAGGAAUGCAAUGAAAUAAAAGCGAUCGUACAAGAACUUAAAAUUGGCGAGAUGAAAAAGAAGAUCUCAUUAAAGAUUAGAGUUUGGGUAUUCAAGAAGAGUUGAGCAAGUGCAAGAAAGUGGUCCAAGAAUUUGAAGACAGAGAAAAAAAUUAAGGGAACAAGAAGCAAGAGAAACUCAAGAAAAAAGCGAGAUUUGAGAGCAAGAUGAAAUUCAAAGCGUAAACCGAUGAGAAGGAGAGUGAUCUAGGUAAACUUAAUGUUAAGUUACACAAACUUGUGAUAACGAAAUUCCAGGGGAAGCAUCUACAUUGGCAAAGGUUUUAAGAGCAGUUUGAAGCGACAAUAGACAAAUCAGACUGCUCAAGUUGACAAAAUCUUAUACUUAAAAGAACUACUUGUACCAAGAAAUAGAGCUGUCAUCGAUGGGUUGCCCUUUAACAGUGAAGGAUACACACGAGCCAACAACAUUCUCAUGACCAAAUAUGCAAAGCCAAGAGCUGUAGCUAAUGCUCACAUCCAAUGCAUAAUGGGAUUAUCAGUUAUCACAGAGACUAACCCAACAAGAAUUAAUGAGUUCUAUGGGAAACUGGUUACCAAUAUCCAAACCUUGGAGUCCAUGGGUAAGAAGAAAGGUAUUAGAGGGUAUGUUAGACCUACCCUAGAUAAACUACCAGGCAUAAAAUCUGAUCUAGUGAGGCUGGAUGAUAAC